AUGAACAGGGAGUUCCCAGCAGAGAGGACUACACGAGUAUGCUAUGGUGGGGGUUACUGUGCAGCCCCGCUGGCAGCUUUCUCCCUGUGCCUGAGUGACCCCUGCCAAAAUGGCAGCACGUGCCAAGACAUCCCUACCAACUUCCUGUGCCAGUGCCCCGCCCGUCUGCCUGGCCCCUCUUCCACGGGCCAGUGCGAGGGCCCCAGCACGCUGUGCCAGGCUGUGCCGUGCCUCCACGCUGCCUCCUGUCGCCCCGCUCCCACAGACCCCCCAGGGCUGGUGUGCCAGUGCCAGGCUGCUCUCACCGGGGAGUCCUGUGCCGCUGGUGUCCAGAGAUGUGCCCACAGCCUCUGUGGAGCCACGGCACCGUGCCAGCCGCUCUCCGAGUCGCCGGCAGGGGCCACGCCCGGCUACUCGUGCCUGUGCAGGCCUGGCUUCACGGGCACCCACUGCGAAACGGAGGUGAACGAAUGCGCAGCUAAUCCGUGCCGCAACUGGGCUCUCUGCCGGGAGGAGACUAACGGCUAUUCCUGCUUCUGCAUACCAGGCUUCCAGGGCAGACACUGCGAGAUCGAUGUGAACGAGUGCGCCUCCCGGCCUUGCCGUAACGGAGCCGCCUGCCUGAACAGAGUCGGGAGGUUCUCCUGCCUCUGCAAAGCGGGAUACAUGGGAACUAGAUGCGAGCUGCAAGUCAACGAGUGCCAAUCAGACCCUUGCCGCAACGGCGGCAGUUGUCAUGACUACGUGAAUGGUUUUUCCUGCGCGUGCCGACCCGGCUUCCUGGGCAGUUUCUGUGAAGUGGACACGGACGAAUGCGAAAGCGAUCCGUGCCAGAACAGUGCACUGUGUACCGAUGGGGAGAACGGGUACAGCUGUGAUUGCACCGGGUUGGGCUUCAUGGGCUCAAACUGUGACACCCCCAUUUCGGCCUGUAUGUCCCAGCCCUGUCUCCAUGGCGCCCCCUGUGAGGAGAACCAAGGGAACUACACCUGCAACUGCUGGCCAGGGUUCGAGGGGAGGAACUGUGAGGUAGACGUGAACGAGUGCAGCAGCAGCCCUUGUCUUUCUGGAGGGACGUGCAUCGAGCUCUCCUGGAAGGCCCUAUAUGACACUGAGCAACUGCUGCCUACACACCACCACUCCCAGGAGGAUGUGGGCUUCAUAUGCACAUGCCAACCAGGAUUUGAAGGUGCUUUCUGCGAGGAGGAUGUUAAUGAAUGUGACUUGAAUCCAUGCCAGAACGGUGGCUUGUGUGAGAAUUAUGCAGGAGCUUACACAUGCCACUGUCCGCGGCAGAGCCAAGAUGGACUCCUGUACGGAGGGCAGAACUGCACGGUGGCCCUGCUGGGCUGUGAGGGUCACACGUGUCAGAAUGGAGCCACAUGCCUCCCCUUGCUCACUGACGGGGAGCAUAGCCGCCUCUGCACCUGUCCACCCGGCUUCACGGGCCCCAACUGCCAGAAGCCCACAACGUUUUCCUUUGAGACGGGAGGCCGCUUGCUGCUGCAGAGCCCUACCGCGGGUCCGGAAGCUUCCUGGAACGUGACCCUCUGCUUCAGGACCAAGAUGGCCGACACCACGCUCCUUGUCCGGAGGGCCGGAGAGACUGUCAUCCGGCUGGACCUGGCCGGCGGGCAGCCACACCUCCGUGUGCUGGCAGGGGGCGGGACGAGCCAUGACCUGGAGGCGUGCUACGUGAGUGAUGGCGAAUGGCACGUUGUGGAGGUGGCUUUUGGGGCCGGGGCCUUGUGGGUCAGGCUUCUGGACGAUUCUUGUGAAAAGACGUUCGUGCUGGAGAGGGGGUUGUCGAGGAAACAGCCAGGACCAUCGCCCACCUUCCACUCCAUCCUAAUCGGAGGGGUCGAGGGAGAGGGGACUGAAACGGCAUGGGCGGAAAGCCCCCUCCCUGCGUUUGUGGGAUGUCUGCGGGACGUGUGGGUGGAUUCCCAGCCGCUGGUGCCAGGGGAUUGGCUGAACAGCUCGCCGGCGAACGUCACCCCCGGGUGUAGCGUCAGGGACAGGUGCGAGGACCGCCCAUGUCAGAACAGGGGCCGGUGCGUCAGCCAAUGGAUGAGCUACCAGUGCGAGUGCUACAGGCCCUACGAUGGGCCUGACUGCUCGGAAGAGCACGUGGCAGCCAGGUUCGGCAGUGAGAACCGGGAGAGCUUUGCCUCUUUCUCCGUGGGCGAGGCCCUCACGGAGGGCGUGGAGGUCACCGUGUUCGUGCGCACCCGCAGCCAGGGGGUGCUGCUCCUCGCCCUGGCCAAUGACACAGGCCCGUACCUCCGGCUGUGGCUGGAGGAGGGCAGGCCCGCCACCCGCGUCCUCGACUCGGAGACCCUGAGGGGCGUGGCCGUGGUCAGCGACGGUCGCUUCCACCUGCUGGGCCUAACCCUCCGGGGCGACCGCCUCACCCUGUCCCACUCGGCCCGGGCCCAGGCCUCCGCCCCCGUCCGCAGGGUCAGGGUCCGCCCGGGGGACCUAGUCUACGUAGGCGGCCUGCCGGACGCACGUGCCACCGGCUCUUUCGGGGGCUACCUGAAAGGGUGUGUGCAGGACCUGAGGGUGGGCACCCGCCGGCUGCAGUUCUACCCGCUGGGAGGGAUAGCGGAGAGCCCAUACGGACUCUCACAGCUGGUCAACGUCUCGCCCGGCUGCUCCGGAGAUGAUGCCUGCAGGUCAAGCCCAUGCCAGAACGGAGGGGUGUGCUACCCCAUGUGGGAUGACUUCACCUGCACUUGCCCCCCCAGCACAACAGGGCGGCGCUGUGAGGAGGUGAUGUGGUGCGAGCUGUCGCCAUGCCCCUCGUCGGCUGUUUGCCAGUCCCUCGUACACGGCUUUGAGUGUGUUUCCAAUGCCACUUUUCACAAGGACAGCAGUGGCGUUUCCUACCAAGGCAACGGGAAGAUCAUGCGCAGCCUCACCAGCGUCUCGUUCCGCAUCCGGACCAGGAGCCACAACGCCAACAUCCUCCAGGCCAAAAAGGCCCUGGAGUUCCUGGCAGUGUCGGUGUGGGACUCCCGCCUGUACCUGGAGCUACGGAGCGGAGUCCGUUCCCUCGGCCUGAACGUGGGGAGCCGGGUCGCCGUUAGCGACGGGCAAUGGCACUCAGUCACCCUCACCAUGGUAGCCCCCAGUUCCGAGAUCUCUCGAUGGACUAUAGAGGUGGACGACCGGGGGGAUCCCUCUGUUUCUGAGGUGGCCACCGGCAACCUGGACUUCCUCAGAGAAGGAGUGAACCUUCUGGUGGGGGGCGGCGGUCUGGUCGGGUGUCUGAGCACGGUGGAGAUCGGCGGGAUCGGGUUGCCGUACCAUGGGGACGACGAGCUCCGCCUCCCCCGCCCCCAGGAGGAACGGUUUGUUAGGACGUCUGCUGGCCCCGCCCUCCUGGGCUGCUGGGGAUCCCCCGUGUGCGACCCCGACCCCUGCCUGAACGGCGGCUACUGCGUCGACCUCUUCGACCAAUCCCGUUGCGCCUGCGGGCCGGGCUGGGCGGGGCCUCUCUGCCAGCUCAGCUCUGACCCCUGCGGCUCCGGCCCCUGCAUCCAUGGCAACUGCAGCGCCGACGCCCUGCAGUACUCUGGCCCCAACUGCACAAGCAGUGAGGAGCAGGAGGAGGAGGAGGACCCCUGCCAGUCCCACCUCUGUGCCCGGGGGGCCACCUGCCUGAGGGGCUACUCCACGUACACCUGCCUCUGUCCUCACGACACGACCGGGGAGCUCUGCGAUGUGGAAUUUGAACAAGUUCCUUGGUACAUUUGUGUACCUUCCAGGAAGCCCAUCCUCCCAGUGUCCGUGUGUGGCGGUGAGCGCUGGAACUACACCUGUUACAACGGAGGGAACUGCACCCAGACAGACUCCCAGUGGGCCUGCAACUGCCUGCCCGGUUUCACCGGCCACUGGUGUGAGACUGACAUAGAUGAGUGCUCGCCAGACCCCUGCCUCAACGGAGGCAACUGCAUCAACAUGGUCAACGGGUUCUUCUGCUUCUGCAAAGCAUACUUCACCGGAGACUUCUGCGAGAUUGAACUGCUCGCAGACAGCCGAAGCUCUACCGUGCUCCUGUCCGUGACUCUGGCGUCUGUGGCCCUGCUCCUGGCUCUCUCGCUGGCCACGGCCGCCCUCAUCACCACCAUGAAGCGCCGGGCCGCCUACGGCACCUACAGCCCCUCCAGACAGGAGAAGGAAGGCCCCAGAGUGGAGAUGUGGAGCAUCUCACACACCACACCCACAGAGAGACUCAUAUGACCCUACCACUGACUGCAGCCAUUCUGUCCGAUGUGACGUGGUGACACCUUGGGCUUAGUCUACAUUUGUUUAAAUUGAUCAUUAAGACAAUGGACAUGGCAUAGCACAUUGUAAUGUAAUAUAUGAUACGUUACAGUUACAAAAUUGCAAUGUAAUGUAAAAGUAUGUAUGAUAUGUGAAUAUUU